GAUUUCCGGAGCGGGAGCUUCCGCUUCCGGACCGAGCAGCCUGAGGGAGCGGAGGGAGAAGAGUCGUGCGCUGUUUCCGCGUCGGUGGCCGUGAGGGGCGGGAGGCGCCGCGGCCUCCUCCUCCUCCUGCUGCAGGUCAUUAAUUGUUAUGCUGGAUUUCCUAGGCUUUUGGUGAAAGUUGCAGCAGUUUCAGAUCUGUGGAUGGUCAACAACGGUUUUUUGCCCUUCUCAUGAGCCAUGGCCUACCAGCUCUAUAGAAAUACCACGCUGGGGAAUAGUCUUCAGGAGAGCCUAGAUGAGCUCAUACAGUCUCAGCAGAUCACCCCCCAGCUUGCCCUUCAAGUGCUACUUCAAUUUGACAAAGCUAUCAAUUCUGCAUUGGCACAACGGGUCAGAAACAGAGUCAAUUUCAGGGGCUCCCUGAACACAUACAGAUUUUGUGACAACGUUUGGACAUUUGUACUGAAUGAUGUUGAAUUCAGAGAGGUCACUGAGCUUGUGAAAGUGGAUAAAGUGAAAAUAGUAGCCUGUGAUGGAAAAAAUACUGGUUCCAAUGCUGCAGAGUGAAGAGGAAGAUGGGUCCCUGUGCCAGCAAUGUCUUUAAGAGGCUGCAAUUCUGAGAGAGGAGGGUGGCCAGAGAGUGUGUGGAUGACUAUUUUAAUGAUGCAGAUAUGAGUAAUCCAUGCUGGAAUGCCUUGUGGAACUGUCUUGGCAGAAGCUCUGUAGAACAUCUUUUGAGUUCACCUAAGACAUGAAGGCAAAGAAUAUUGCUUUUUUAAAAAGAGAGAGAGAAACAAAAAACAGAUUAAAUGUUGUUGCUUUUUGGUUCAUCAAGGUAACUGCUCCAAUAAACAUUUUAUUUAAAA